GAAAAACAUGCAUUCAAAGGCGGUAACGAAGCCAGUUUCAGAUAUUACGAAAAGAAUGGCUCUAAAAAUGAGGGCAUAAAGGGACUUGAAGAGCACAAAAUAGCCACCUGGCGUGAAGAACUGCAGCAUGAUGGGCAUCUGAAGCCAUUUGCAUUUAUUCGACCCACUGAUAGCCUGUACAGUGCAGUGCAGAUGUUGUGCAAGGAGAAGGUGCAUCGCUUGCCAGUCGUGGAAGAGUGCUCCGGCAAUAUUGCAUUUAUCCUCACACACAAAAGACUGAUCAAAUUCCUGUACCUUUACGUUAGUUUUGAACUCACUUUCUCCACAAUUUUUACUCGUUGCUUAUCCCAUAACGAUUUAUCUCCUAUGACACCUGCUGCAGUAUUACUGCAAGUUUUCCGUAUAUGGUAG